AUGGACAUUCAGAAACAGCACUUAUGCCCGCGAUUGGUGGAUUAUUUAACUAUUGUCGGCGCCAAGCCUUAUACUUCGGGCAAGGGGCUCGCCCCUGUUCAGGCUCCAGAACUACUCCGACGCUAUCCACUAACUAAUCACGAUGACUUCCCUCUGCCAUUGGACAUGGUAUACUUCUGCCAGCCAGAGGGCUGCGUGUCUGUGGGGCCUCGUCGAGCUCCAGGACAUUCGGCUGCCCGGGAUACAACUUCAUUCGUCUUUACACUCACUGACAAGGAUUCGGGUAAGACGCGUUAUGGGAUCUGCGUUAACUUCUACCGUGCAGUGGAGCGGGCAACCGCGCCUGGGCCCCGUGAACGCAGCAUGCUGCGUCGGGAAUCCUGGCGUAAGUCUAUGGAAAAGAGCUCCGAUUCCGCUUUCUCCAGUGACUAUAGGAGCAGCAAUGUAGCACCGAGCGACUCGGAGCGUGAUUGUAGCGCAACAUUAGCGCCGCGGCUUGCCCCUGCACCGGACUCAGAAAGCGGCGGGUCUCAUUCACAUUCACCUAGUCCUAGAGCCACUAGAAAGAGACAGAGAGUACGGAAUCAUUCUUUAACGUCCCUGUGCCUAUUGUCACAUCAUCCCUUUUUCUCCACAUUCCGAGAGUGCCUAUUUAUCCUAAAGAAAUUAAUAGAUGCCUGCAAUGAGUCUUCCAGUCCACGACGCGUCGGUGCGUCCAGACAAACACUUAGGGAUACGGUAUGGUCAGUAUUAACCGGUCAAGCGUACGACAACACGCCUACGAUCGUGCUACAUGACGUCAAAGAAAUAGAAACGUGGAUACUUCGAUUGUUAUCCGCCCCAGUGCCGGUGCCUGGCAAAACUCGUCUCGAACUCGAAGUGCUAUCGCCCACGUCUCACUCACCUCUGUUAUUCGCAUUACCUGAUCACACGCGAUUCACGCUUGUUGACUUUCCGUUACACCUACCAUUGGAGCUUUUAGGUGUCGAAACGUGCCUCAAAGUACUCACCCUAAUUCUGUUAGAAAACAAAAUAGUAGUCCAAUCCCGUGACUACAACGCCUUAUCGAUGUCAGUUAUGGCUCUGGUCGCCAUGUUGUAUCCCCUAGAAUAUAUGUUCCCUGCUAUACCGCUCCUGCCAAGUUGUAUGAACUGCGCCGAACAACUGCUGCUCGCGCCUACACCUUUUCUUAUUGGAAUACCGGCAACGUUUUUUACGUAUAAAAAGAAUUUCAGAUUGCCGGACGACAUUUGGUUAGUGGACUUGGAUGCCACAAAACUUAUAUGUCCUACUGGAACUGACCAAGAUCUGCCGCCUUUACCAGAACCGGAAGGCUCUGUAUUAAAAAAUCACUUAAAACAGGCUCUGAACAGUUUGACAAGCAGCACCGCGGAGCAGGCCGCUGCACCCCUGAUGCCUUCAAGAAGAGACACCGUGGGCGGUGCAACACUUAAGGUUCAUUCGCCUUCGUACCGGGGCGGUGAUGGCGCUCAGUCCGCACCCCACAGUACACCAGAAUCUCGUCGUGUUUCUGUGCAAAGUGGCGCUGCAAGUGCAGGACACACCCCUCAGAGGCACUCUCUUGCUUCACCUCACCAGUCGCCCAUGCAAGCACAGCCGUUCAAUCCACUUAUAUAUGGCAAUGAUGUAGACUCAGUGGACGUAGCGACCAGAGUUGCAAUGGUCAGAUUUUUUAACUCUCAAAACAUACUAGCAAAUUUUAUGGAACACACAAGGACUCUCCGUUUGUACCCUCGGCCAGUUGUUGCUUUUCAAAUUAACAGUUUUCUUCGAUCUCGACCUCGAACUACGUCAUUUUUGAACAAAUUUGCGAGGACGCAGGCAGUAGAAUUCCUCGCCGAAUGGUCCCUGACACCCUGCAAUGUAGCGUUCCUACGGGUCCAAACGGGUCUCUUCGAUCCUAGACAAGUUGGUGAUAAGCCAAAGUGGUUUGCCGAUCAAUUGCAACCCAUUCGCUUUGCUGUUUGGGAUGACGGUAGUUCGUUAAACGGAGCGCUUAGACAACUACAGCGACAGGAAAACCAGCCUACAGACGAAAGUGGCUCAGAUUCGGAAGCUGCUGAAAGUACGAGCUCCUCAUAUUCAUCUCUCAGCGAUUUUGUGUCAGAAAUUGCUUCGUCGGACUUAUCGCCAGGAGGAAACCAACAGCAUGUCAUUGGAGAAACGUAUAAUGCAGUUGUGCAAGUACCAAUGACUCUAUCAUCGUCUUUAGACCCCAAAACGGUUUACAGCCCUCCUUCAUCUCUUAUGUUCGGUAACGCUGAUGAUGUGGCUGACAAGGAACAAGCCCGAGAGUCCACAUCCCCUUCACCAUCAGCGUCAAGUUCAGACCACAGUGAUCUCUCUGAGGACGAAGCACCUGGAGAAGUUGGUAAAGUUGAAGCUGCUCAUCCUGCUCCGGUUAAAAAAAGCGACACGGACAGCGGUAGUUUCGGUCGCGAAUCGGAUUCAAAUUCAACCACAACACCGAAAACUGUUGUGAGCAGACAGCGCGCAACCGCAGACAGUGCGAGCACGAGCGACUCGGACCGUGCGCUUACGCCCUCGCACCACUCCUCAUUGCCACCGCACGCAGCACAUGUUAAAAGCGCAGGUAGCGGUGUUUCUAGACAAGCCUCACAAACAUCAUUACUAGAACAAUUUGCCGCGUCAGCCAAGGAAUUGGUGCGAGAAACCACAAGGCAAAGCAGUCAAGAAGGAUUACUAGCCCACAUGGAUAAACUUACACUACAUGCUAAAAAAGCAGCCGAAGAAGCAUCAAAAAGUGUUCAGGAGGCUUCGAAGUCUGCGUUUGAAGCCAGCAAGACCGCUACAGCGGUUAGUAAGAAUACGCUAGAAGACCUUCACUACGUCGGGAAGUCUACAUUGGGAGAUUUUACGAAGAGUGCCAAAGAGGUCGCUGCGAAAAAGGGACUUUUGAAGGGUGAAAGUCAAGAUUCGUCGGGUAGCCCGCCGGCCCGUCGCGAUUCAACAGCUCUGCAGACUACCAACUUGUUGGCGGCCACUCAUCGAGACUUCUUUUCUAAUAUCAGUUCUGACCUCAACGGUUUAGCAGCCUCCACUUCUAGUAUGUUUAGCGACUUUUUUGGCAAUAAGGGCAAGCAACCCAAGCCAGCGGAAUCACCUCGCGGGUCUGUGCCAUGCGUGGGUAGCGGCGGAGGUGGAGGCGCAGGCGGCGCUGCGCUUUCGGCCUCGUUCGGUCCGUUCUCGCAAGGCGCCCGCGGCCUGGUGGCGCGCUCGCCGCUUAUACGCCACGCGCCUCCACAGCCUCCCCCACAUCCCGCACACGCCCGCCCAAACGCCAACACUGAGAACCAAGCUUUCCUCAAUGAUUUAGUACAACACGUAUUAGAAGGCGAGGGAGUCGGAUGGUUGAAAUUAAACCGUCUAAAGAAAUUGAUGGAAGACGAAUCUUACAGAAACAUGGUGCUCAGUAAAUUAAACAGAAACUUUAACAGAAAAACUACACCGAAUGACAAAGUGGAUGAUGUGUUUGUUAGUAAACCAGUGUGGAAAGGCAUGCUGAAAGUCCUUCAAGCCGUUGUCCAUGGUCUCGAACAUACCUACUCCAACUUUGGUUUGGGUGGCAUGGCUUCAGUGUUCCAGUUGGCAGAGAUGGCUCAUACGCACUAUUGGAGUAAGGAGAUUGCAGGUUUAGAACAUGGCGGAAUGGCUGGAUCUGCACUCAUGGACCAUUAUGGUAGACAGGACCUAGAAACUCCGUCUUCUUCACCUUCAUCGAGAAAGAGUUCUCAGUCAGAUUUACCAGUAGUAAACUAUCCAGAAAUGGAUUCCUCUGAAGCACAGAGCACUACAGAAAUGUUUAAAGAUAUGUUGAACCAAAAGAGGAAUUUACUUUUUAGUAAAUUAACCUCUUUCGAAUCAGAUGCGGCGCCCUCGUCGGACUGCUCGGCCGACGAGAGCGGUUCGAUCACCACCAACCGAGCCAAUAUCUACGACCACCGCGCCUCCUUUAAGUCCAACCUAUCUGAUACUGACGUCAUGUUCCUCAAUGUGGGUCGUAGCGGUCCCGCUCCGGGCAAACCGCGAGCAGCGAGCGUCUUCUCGUCCAAGUCAUCACUGAGUGGAUACCGGCCGCCUGUUGGAAUACCCGUUACUUCACCCAUUACUUCGCCCGAUACAACCAGGACAUACCUCUAUCAGGGCCUUAUUGGUAAAGAAAGAUCAAAUUUAUGGGACCAAAUGCAGUUUUGGGAAGAUGCAUUCUUGGAUGCUGUUAGUCAAGAGCGGGAUAUGAUUGGAAUGGACCAGGGUGCGAAUGAAAUGAUGGAGAGAUACAAAUGUCUGAGCGAGACAGAACGAAAGCGGCUGGAACACGAGGAGGAUCGCUUGUUAUCAACAGCUUUAUACAAUUUGACGGCUGCAAUGGUAGUGUUUGGGGUGGAAGCUGAUAUUGUCCGCAACAAAGUAAGACGGUUACUCGCUAAAAGUCAUAUUGGGCUUGUGUACAGUCAAGAAGUAAACCAUCUUCUCGAUGUAGUACACACUUUGCAUGGCAACGAUAUUGAACUGAAACCUUUGGGAUCGCGGUUACUGCGUCGUGCAUCUUUCACAGUGCACGAGGGUGACGCGGCCGGCGACCUGCGCUUCAUGGAAGUUCGUGACGAUGGACUCAUCCUGCGGUCCACGCAAGGUACAAUUGUGGAACGAUGGUGGUACGAGCGGUUGGUCAACAUGACAUACAGUCCAAAGAUAAGAGUCUUGUGCCUUUGGAGGAAGAAUGGAGGCCAAACACAACUGCAUAAAUACUACACGAAAAAGUGCAAAGCGCUGUACUACUGUAUAAAGGAAGCGAUGGAGAAAAGCGGGCGUCGGCAGGAUGCGGCUGAGCUCGGCGGGGAGUUCCCCAUACAAGACUGUUCUACCGGGGAAGGCGGUCUUAUUCAGGUGUGCAUGGAAGGCGUCGGACUUCUGUUUCACCAUAGCAAGUUUUUCGUGCGACUGGACCACAUAAGGAAGUGUUUCACGCAGAAUGGCGGUAUCUUCGUUUUAGAAGAAUUUAACCCAAAAACGAGACAAAUCAUACAAAGGAAAUACAAAUCUGUAAUGGCAGAGAAGGCGGAUCAAAUUUGCUACGCGGUGCUGUGCGUAUUUUCAUAUUUCGCGGCAGGACAGGAGCAAAAGAAAGCUAUUCUGGAGCAGGCGGCUCGAGUUCCUCCAGCUCCUGGAGAUGCGUUAAUUCCACCCGCCACACCGUCACCGCGAGCUUCUCCCAUCUCGCCCUUAACUGACAAUCAGCGCAAGAAAACAAGCCCUAUGGUUGAAAAGCGAUCCCCGAAGAGUCGAAAACAGGAGACUAAGCCUCCGCCUAGCAGACUUGAGGGGGGCGAUGCCAGGGAGUCGGCCGAACGGCGCGCUCCGGUUAUUGGUGUACUGAGCGGACCACCACCCGAACGACCGAGCGAGCGACCGCAACGUGCUGACAGUUUGCCCCCGCGUCGUCCCCCACCCCCUGCACUGCCUCCCACUGCAGCUCCCACCAUGGCGCAACACCAGCGACUCGCGCGUGCGCAUUCGCACACAGCACCCGCUCGACCACCCGACCCACCCGUUAUUCCACCUCGAGUUGGAGCAUCGGGUGCGGUCGCGGGGACGGUGGCAGGAGCGCGGGCACCUGGUCCACCACCCGCUCUCCCGCCGCGCCAGCAAUCCGCUGCGGCCGACGUGGGUGGGUCCCCCAGAGGCGCGGGGCGGCGUGCGGCGCCGCAGCGCCAAGGCUCGGUGGGUGCACCGUUCGCGUCGAGCAACCCUUUCACGACGCCACGUCACACUGAGUUCGUCAUCCCGCAGCGCAACAACGUCCGCCGUUCCUCCACCACCGACAGAAACUAG